CUCUCUCUCUCUCUCACUCACACCCACACGAAGGCAGACACACACACACAACUUCGCCAUCUGCGAAAUACUGUUGUAUUCAUUCAUCCUCAAAAUGAGUCUGAAAUCGAGUUAUGCAAACAUUCAUGACCUCCAAUCUUCAUUAACACCUCGCAGAAACCUGUCAAUUCUCCACAUACGUAAUCUCCAAGUUCGCGAACAUCGAGUAUGGAAGCAUCGAAGACUCAAAUCCAAUCGAAGCCUAAAAUUCAACGGAAGCCUCACUGUUCGCAACCAUUUAACUCCAUCGCCGUUUGAAAAUCUCUACCAAAACUUACUCUCUCAAUUUCCUUCUCUAAAUUCACUGGACUUAAUAGCUCCAUUCCUAGGUUUUGCGUCAGGUGUCGCUUUGUACCUAACUACUCGAUCAAAACUUAACUUAAAACCCGAAAUUGCGGAUGUCGGAGACUGGAUUUUGUUUACUAGUCCGACACCGUUUAAUCGGUUCGUCACUUUACGGUGUCCUUCGAUAUCGUUCCAAGGAAGUGAGUUCUUGGAGGGUGUGAAUGAGAAGCUUGUGAAAGAGGACAGACACUUUUUGAGGAUAAACAGUGGGAGAAUCCAAGUGGCAGACAGUAGUGAUCCCAAAAUUGGAGCGAAAUUGGUCUAUCAGAGAGUAAACCUGUCAAUUCUCCACAUACGUAAUCUCCAAGUUCGCGAACAUCGAGUAUGGAAGCAUCGAAGACUCAAAUCCAAUCGAAGCCUAAAAUUCAACGGAAGCCUCACUGUUCGCAACCAUUUAACUCCAUCGCCGUUUGAAAAUCUCUACCAAAACUUACUCUCUCAAUUUCCUUCUCUAAAUUCACUGGACUUAAUAGCUCCAUUCUUAGGUUUUGCGUCAGGUGUCGCUUUGUACCUAACUACUCGAUCAAAACUUAACUUAAAACCCGAAAUUGCGGAUGUCGGAGACUGGAUUUUGUUUACUAGUCCGACACCGUUUAAUCGGUUCGUCACUUUACGGUGUCCUUCGAUAUCGUUCCAAGGAAGUGAGUUCUUGGAGGGUGUGAAUGAGAAGCUUGUGAAAGAGGACAGACACUUUUUGAGGAUAAACAGCGGGAGAAUCCAAGUGGCAGACAGUAAUGAUUCCAAAAUUGGAGCGAAAUUGGUCUAUCAGAGAGUGUGCGUGAGUACGGACGACGGAGGAGUAGUGUCGUUGGACUGGCCAGCGAAUUUGGACUUGUCGGAAGAGCAUGGGUUGGAUACCACUCUUUUGCUCAUUCCGGGCACGGCUGAGGGGAGUAUGGAUAAGGAUGUAAUGUCAUUUGUGUGUGAAUCUUUAAAGAGAGGGUGUUUUCCAAUUGUAAUGAAUCCCAGGGGUUGUGCUGGCUCACCAUUAACCACAGCACGGUUAUUUACAGCUGCUGACAGCGAUGAUGUCUCCACAGUUAUACAGUUCGUUAAUAAGGCAAGGCCAUGGACAACAAUGAUGGGUGUUGGCUGGGGUUAUGGUGCAAACAUGCUGACGAAGUACCUGGCAGAAGUUGGAGAUAGAACACCUCUUACAGCUGCCACAUGCAUGGACAACCCUUUUGACUUAGAGGAGGCCAGACGGUCCUCUCCGUAUCACAUUGCUGUUGAUCAGAAGCUUACGGGUGGCUUGAUAAAUAUUCUGCGAUCCAACAAGGAACUAUUUCAAGGUCGAGUCAAAGGUUUUGACAUUGAAAAGGCUUUGUUGGCGACAUCCGUCCGAGAUUUCGAGAAGGCGAUAUCUAUGGUGUCAUAUGGAUUUGAUACCAUAGAAAAUUUCUAUGGGAAAUCUAGCACAAGAGGGGUGAUUGGGAACGUGAAGAUUCCUGUUCUGUUCAUACAGAGUGAUGAUGGGACAGUGCCACUAUUCUCAAUUCCACGCAGUUUGAUUGCAGAAAAUCCAUUCACAAGUCUGCUCAUAUGCUCUUCUUGCUUGCCAUCUAGCAGUACUAGUGGCAUGCCCACUGUGUCUUGGUGGCAGCAUCUUAUCCUUGAGUGGCUCUCAGCUGUGGAGCUUGGACUUUUGAAGGGCCGUCAUCCACUUUUGAAAGAUGUUGAUGUUGCGAUUAAUCCUGCAAAAAGUUUCGCACUAGUAAAAAAUAGAGCGUCUAACAAGAGUCACAGAGUAAGCAAACUCCUGAAUCUUCUGCAUUCAGAUGCUUUAAUUGGGCACUCCCCAGACACUUUAAAAGAAAUGCUGGAAGAAAGUGAUGCUGCAGCUAGCAACCAUGCAAGAUCUGGACGGGAUUCACAGAGAAAUUUUGAGCUUGAAGAUGAAGUGUUGCAAAAAGAGGACAAUGGUACAUUACAGCAGGCUACCUCUGUUGAUGCAGAAUUAGUCAAAGAAGAGGGAGUCAGUCCUGUAGAUACUGAAAGAGGCCAAAUGCUACAGACAGCACAAGUGGUUGUGAAUAUGCUUGGUGUGACUUUGCCUGGCACUCUAGCAGAAGAACAGAAGGAGAGAGUCCUGACUGCCGUUGGUCAAGGGGAGACACUAAUGAAAGCUCUGCAAGAUGCUGUGCCUGAAGAUGUCCGUGACAAGCUUAAGACUGCUGUUUCUGGAAUUUUGCAGAAUCAAGGUUCCAACUUAAAACUUGAUGGACUCUUGAAUAUCGAUCAGAUUCCCAAUGUAGCAUCAGAGUUGAAGUCAAAGAUACAAGGAAAAGUUGAACUAUCAAGUGCAGGUGGGAAUGAAGAUCCUCAUUCUUCAGACCGGAGGAAGAGUAUUAGUGGUCUGGCAGAUGGCUCUGAUACGAGUCAAUCUAGCACAGACAAGCCUUCUGGGGAUCUAGAAUCAGAACCUCAGCCUUCAGAGAAUCUGCAAUAUUCCACUGAUACAAGUCAGUCUCAAUCAUCAAAUGGUCAUGGAAGUGAUAUCUCUGGUUCAAGGAUGGACACCAAUGAACUAGUGAGUAAUUAUGAACAUGCAGAUAUUUCCAAAGAAAAAGCUGCUGAAUCUUCCGAAUAUAGGGGACAUGGUUCAGAAGCAGAUGCUAAGCCUAACUUUUCUGGCCAGUCUGAAAGGGAUGGUAGCUCUGAGGAUGACAUCAUUGACCAGGACAAAGCUGAGCAAGAUGGUGGAAUAGCUCAGUCAGGCAUGAAAGAUGAUAACACCAUCCAGAUAAAUGAGGAAAAAGUUGGGGAUUCUUCUACUGCUCAUGACAAGUUGAUUUCAUCCUCCAAGGCAGAGGAAAGAUUACAGCCACAAGUGUCCUCUUCAGAGUCCCAAUUGAUGGAAAAAGAGGGCACCAAUAAUCAGAAAAUAGAAGAAAACAGCAUGCAGCCUGUUCCGAAUCAAAAUAGUUCUAUUCCACCAACAUUUAAUGUUUCUCGGGCAUUAGAUGCCUUUACUGGGAUUGAUGAUUCCACCCAAGUGGCAGUUAACAGCGUAUUUAAUGUAAUUGAAGGUAUGAUCACCCAGUUGGAGGUCGAGAGAGACAAUGAAAUGGAAGUCAAAGAUAAGAACAAUGUUGAUGACCCUGGCUCUGUAGCUGAGAACGAUCACAUCACUAAUGAGAACAAGUUGGAAAAGGAAGAAGACGAUCAAAAUGACUUCAGCUUAGCACUUGAUAUGUCAGGUGAUCUUCCCUUUAAUAAUCGAGGGAACUCAGAAAAUGAUUUGAGAGAUAGAAGGAUAGAUGACAAAUAUUUACAAAAUUCUAUCUUAUACAGUGGACCCAAGAUUGGUUAUUUUGAGGGAAACAAUGCAGGGAACCAUAUAGGUGAGGAAAAUGGAAACAGGGAACAUUCUGAUUGUGGCAAACUGUCACCCGACAAUUCUGAUAUAAAAGGAUAUUUAAAGAAAAUUUCGCGUCACAGUCCACUCUACAUAACUACAAAUGCUUAUGUAGACCCUCUUUACACGAAAUAUCUCCAAAAAUAUCUUAUUUCAAAGAUAGAAAAUUCCAAAUCACUAGAUUUGGAUACAACUACUGCUUUAUUUCUUGACUAUUUCCCAGAAGAAGGUCAAUGGAAGCUCUUGGAGCAAACCGAACAUCCAACAGAUUCUACAAGGGAUAUUGGAACUCGUGAAGGUGUUGACAGAAAUGAGCAAGCCCAUUUAUCAUCAAAAGAAGACCACGUAGAUAAAAUUAUUGAACCAUCUUAUGUAAUAUUAGAUAUGGAAAAACAUGAGGAACCAGAUGGAGUACACGAGACAGUGAGCAAAUCGAAUGAAAUAGUGGAAAUUGGUGAUGAUACAUCAGAGGAGUUAAUGCACUUGGUUAAAACAUUUAUUUUGGAGUCUUUNAUGGAAAAACAUGAGGAACCAGAUGGAGUACACGAGACAGUGAGCAAAUCGAAUGAAAUAGUGGAAAUUGAUGAUGAUACAUCAGAGGAGUUAAUGCACUUGGUUAAAACAUUUAUUUUGGAGUCUUUGAAGGUUGAAGUUGAUCGAAGGCUAAGUGCAGCUGGCAUGGAAGAAAUGGAGCCCUAUCUUGCCAGAGAUUUGGAAUACGUUGCAAACUCUCUCUCUGUGGCCAUAGGACAUGGCACAGAGAAUACAUUGGUUUUGGAAGGUAGAGACCGUAUUUCAGAGAAAGUUGGUACUCUACAUGGAGAGCAUACAAUAAGAGCUAUUUCAGCUGCUGUUCAGGACACCGACUAUUUGAGAAGACUACUGCCACUCGGAGUUAUUGUAGGCUCAAGCUUAGCUGCUUUGAGAAAAUACUUCAAUGUUGCCACAGUGAAUGCUAGUGGCCAAGCUGAAGAUGUGACCACUGAUGAAGUUAGUAAUUUGGAGAAAAGAAAUCAUGUUCAAGCGGAUGAAACAAAGACUGAUCAGUUGCCUUCUGAUAAAAUCAAUAAGAAGCAUGGUUUGGAUGGUUUCAUUAGCAGAUACGGGGAAAAAACUGAAUCAAGAAAUCUAACCAAUGACACUGUCAUGGUUGGUGCUGUUACAGCUGCUUUAGGGGCAUCUGCUUUACUGGUGCAUCAACAGGAUUCAUACAAUGGCAAUCAGACUCCUGGAACUUCAUCAAAGUCCUUCAAGCACAAAGAAAAUCAUCAGAAAGAGCUUGGCAAGCUUGAGGAGGAAAUUUCUGAAAAGAGCCAGAAUAACAUUGUCUCAAGCCUUGCAGAGAAAGCCAUGUCAGUUACUGGUCCGGUGGUACCCACAAAAGAAGAUGGUGAAGUGGAUCAAGAAAGACUGGUGGCAAUGUUGGCAGAAUUGGGACAAAAGGGUGGCAUGAUGAAGCUGGUUGGUAAAAUUGCUUUGCUUUGGGGUGGUAUACGUGGUGCUAUGAGUUUGACUGACAAGCUUAUCUCAUUUCUGCGCAUUGCUGAACGUCCCUUGUUUCAGAGGAUUCUUGGGUUUGUCUGCAUGGUGCUUGUUUUAUGGUCACCUGUAAUUGUUCCCUUCCUUCCUUCACUUGUGCAAAGCUGGGCAACUGGUAACUCUUCCAAAAUCGCAGAGUUUGCUUGCAUUAUCGGCCUCUAUAUUGCUAUCAUGAUACUGGUCAUGUUAUGGGGUAGAAGAGUUCGAGGGUAUGAAAAUCCAAUUGAGCAAUAUGGGCUGGAUUUGAAUUCAUUGCCACAGAUCCAAAAUUUUCUGAAGGGUUUGAUUGGAGGAGUCAUUCUAGUUUUAAUGAUACAAUCUGUAAAUGCAUUACUUGGCUGUGCCCGUCUUUCAUGGCUUUCCACUCUUCCUUCAACGUCAUUGGAUGCCAUAACAUGGCUCAAAGUGUAUGGGCAAAUGCUUAUACUAAUUUGUCAAGGCAUUGUAACAGCAACUGGAGUUGCACUUGUGGAGGAAUUGCUCUUCAGGUCAUGGUUACCUGAUGAAAUUGCUGUCGAUCUUGGAUACCAUCGUGGAAUUAUCAUUUCGGGACUUGCAUUUUCUUUAUUUCAGCGGUCGCCAUGGGCAAUACCAGCGCUAUGGCUAUUGUCAUUAGGCCUAUCAGGGGCUCGACAGAGAAGCCAAGGUAGCCUCUCCCUUCCAAUUGGGUUGCGUGCAGGGAUAUUGGCUUCAAGUUUCAUCUUACACAAAGGUGGCUUUUUGAUCUAUCAGCCCAUUUUGCCAGUCUGGGCAACUGCUACUCAUCCUCUCCAACCGUUUAGUGGGGUUGUUGGUCUCACCAUCUCUUUGUUAUUGGUAAUGGUUCUAUAUCCGAAGCAGCCUCUUGAUAGGAAGAAAAUAAAAAGAGCCAUCAGGGAAUAA